AUGCUGACCGGGCACGUGGACAGCAGACCUUGUCUGAGCAAUAUUGCUUAUGAUUCAAAAGAAGCGGACCAGUUGCCAGCUAUUCCGGUCCUUAGUAUUAUUCACUUCACCUUCCACGCCGGAGUCAACAUCUCAGAGUCAUCGCAGCUAGCAUCUAUACUAUGGCAAAAAUCUUGGAAUGUUGUCUCGACAAUCCCCGGCUUUCAACAGCUGUAUUGGGCCCCAGUCGAUACUGCUUCGGAAGAUCAACAAGUGAUCAUUCUAAUCCAGUGGGAUAGCGGUCAUGGCUGGAAAAUAUUCCAGUCGUCCUUGGGCUUUUCCAUGAUGCUGGGUUAUAUACAAAAUAUCUCCAACCGGUGUAUCCAGAUUACUCUACCUGUCAAUCUCUUCAACUUUGACAGUGUCCUCGAGAUAGUCUCGUUCCAGUUCUCUGAUACACAGUCUACAGCUCAGAUUGAUCAGAAAUCAGGCUUCAGAUCCAAAUGGGAGACAACAAUCUCUCUAUACCCCAGCAAUGUUACCACGGAGCCCGAGUUGAUACAUUGCUGCGGAGAAUGGCUUGAACCAGAUUACCCCUCUGAAGAUCAAUUUUUCAUCGGGUUGCUUUUCUGGAGAUCCAACACCGAGGUGGGUGAUCAGGGUCGACUUCGACAAGCAAAUUUCCACAAUCUCGGGCACCACAUUGCAGACCUUGUGAAAGAUGCAACAGGUGUGGUGUCGGCGUGCACAAACCACCUCAAGAAAGUGUCUCUCGAAUCUGCUACACCACAACAAUUUGAUGCUUUUCCAACUCCAAUCGCUAUGCAGUUUGAAACAAAUCACCCCGUUUUUCGGACACCCGUUAAGCCUGAAUACAACGUGAAUGAUUUGACGUUUUCGGAAAACAAGGACCAGCUCCAUAUGGAAUCUAUGCGGCAAGCCAGACAAACUCCUCCUCAGCGCAUAGCCGGCGGACCCGCUGGUGGUUGGUGUCCUAUGGGAACACUUUCUCAACAUCAUUUGUCCCAAUGGCAAGGCUACCCCACGAAUCCCGAUAUGGAUUGGAUCUCUUUUCGCGCCCAGCUUGAAGACUCACGGGUAGCCGGCUUAUUUGAGGAUCUCCGGAGAAAGUUGUGGAGAAUGGGCGAUUGUCCACACCUCUUCUGGGGCAAAGAGCAGGAGAAUAGAGGGGGUAGUGACCGAAUUUCAUUAUUCAUUGAGCUCGAAGCUGCCAAGCGCCAGGAGCCAGAGACUCAAACACAAUUCCAACAAUUCAUUGAGGAAUUCUCAGACAGGUGUGGAGAUGCUGUACAUGACUUAUCUCAUCGAAGAAUCGUUGGUCCAAUUCCAAUCUUCAUGGGUCUUUGUCGAGAUAUAGACAUCACUGUUUUUCAUGUCUCGGAGAAUGAAUUGGACCAACGGUCCUUUGAAUAUGCCUUUUCGCUUUUCAAGAGGACUACCCAUCAACAACAACAAAUACAAUCAAUCCACAGUCCUUGGUCUGCCAUAAAAGCACUGAGCCAAGGAUGGCUAAGCCAGGAGAGGCCCAUUGACAAUCAUAAUCGUUCUUCGUCUGAUCAGAGCGAGCAAACCGGUACCUCACAAUUCGUCUCAGUAUUCGGCUGCGAGAAAGAAGGGGCUCGAGAGGAGUGGUGCAGCGACUUUGUCGAACGUGCUCAAACCCAGUAUGAUCUUUUAGGCCAUAUCGUUGAUUGGCUACGAACUUUAUCCAAAUGCAUCACGAUUCAGAGUCUACGAUUGGAAAACGAUGAUCCUUGGAUGAUUGCAGACAAGCAGGCAAAAAGGGACCGCUUGCCUCCGCAAGUUCCCCCGUCUAUAUUUGACACACCCUGGGCUAAUGAUCCCCAAGACGGAUUUUGGCAGGUGAAACGUUUGUGA